AUGGAUGACGGGGAGGAUAUCAGCAUCUAUGAAAAAUGGAAACCAGGAUCAAGCGUUCAACUUAGGCAUACACCCAAGGCAAAGUCUAACCAGGAAGGUAAUGAAAAAGGUCAUAAGUACAGUCGUUAUUUCAAACAGAGGAAGAAUGAGUUAAGCCGUCAUCUGCACUUGAUUCGUAGCAGAGCUAUUGACCGAUGUUUACACCAUCAAAAGGAAGGUGCAAAGGUAAAGUACGGGUUUCCGUCAAUGACAAGCAGGUUAACCAAACGUGUUGGGUUUUCAGCUUUUGCUAAACAUUCAAAAAUGGUGUUUAAUCCAAAACGCUUGCCAUCGCCUUUGCAAGAAUCUGUAAAAGAAGGCAUAAAGGCUUUGAUAGCAAAAGAUCCUACAGACGAUACUGAUCAGUGGACCAAAGCUCCAAUGUUAGAGAAGAGGCGGAUGGGUUACAAUAGUGAAAGAGAAGACUUUCUUUGUCAGCAACCAAUUUUGGCCCAAGACAGGCAUCCAGAGAAGAGUCAAGCUUGCGAAUGCUGUCCUAAGGUGGACAGUACAAGCAGCAGAGUUUGUGCUUCUUUUUUUUCUCCUGGAAUUUUGACGCAGAGUCAGAAGAAAGACAGUAAAGUCCAAGCAAAAGAUGACCAAGCGCUGUUCUUUCCGCCAGACCCUCCGCUUCACGAAAUUGCUGAGCGGGUUUUAUCAUCUUUACCGUUUCUUACACUACGAAAUGGUGAUUCUGCAACGUAUUCUAAUGCAGCGUGCAGUCUAGCCGCGAAUGCUUUGAAGUCUCGUGGGAUUGAAUUAUCACAUAGCGGAAGCGCGUUGGUAAACGCGAAUGAAAGAAGUAAUUCGGAAGAAUAUGAUUCGUACAAAGACAUAUUAACAAGUUUCUAUAAUAGAACGGACCCGUUUGGAGUUACUACUCCAAAUUUUGCAUCUUUAUUCGAGCAGCUUGGGAGCUUGGACGAAAAUGGCGCCACUGUUUUUAACAAAAUUGAUUCAGGCGAUAACCAAAAUGAAACUUCCGAUAUAUCGCCAGGACUUGUCGCGCAAUCCCAAAUGAAGCCUUUUUUUGACAGUUCUCUGGACACUAUUAUGUCACAAAAUAAGAGUAUAAGGGAUGAGUUCGAAAAUUUAAAGGAUGUUCAGUUAGAGCCCGUUUUGGAAGAACAAGUUUCUGACGAAGGCGCUAGUGAGAUAUUACGUCUAGUAAACAGCGGUCAAAGCAUAUUUGGUAAAUCUGUCACUGAUUUUACCUCUAAUAAAAGUUCAAGCACAGAAUCUGAUGUUUUAGAGGCACUCAGUGAACUUCAUGGAUUUGACUGUAGUAGUGAAAACAGUUUAGAAAAAAGGGACAGUGCUAACCAAGAUGCUUCUGAAGUUUCUGCUUCUUCACCUUUUUUUAAUGAACAAGUCCCUCUUAGAAAUUCAAAUGUACCUAAUUUUUUUACAAGCUCACCUACUGUGUUGGACUCAUUUCGUUUGGCUUUUGUCUAA